ACACACACAAGGCUGCGGCACACGCCUACGCUCUUUCGAGACAGCUAGAGAGUGAUCGAGAUGAAGGUGGAGGUGGUGGACUCGACGCUGGUGGCGCCGAGCGAGGAGACGCCGCGGCUGGGGCUGUGGCUCUCCAACCUCGACCUGGCCGUGCCUAAGACGCACACGCCGCUGGUCUACUACUACCCGGCCCCGACGCCGCCAGCGCCGGACGGCGCAGACGGCGAGGACUUCUUCUCGCCGGACCGGAUCAGGGAGGCGCUUGCCAAGGCUCUGGUGCUCUUCUACCCGCUGGCCGGGCGGCUCGGCGUGGACGAAGGCGGUCGGCUGCAGAUAGACUGCAACGGCGAGGGCGCGCUCUUCGUCGUCGCAAGGGCUGAUUGCACCGGGGAGGACCUCUUCGGUAGUAACUACGAGCCCUCGCCGGAGAUCAGGCGCAUGUUCGUGCCGUUCGCGCCGUCCGGCGACCCGCCCUGCCUUAUGGCUAUGUUUCAGGUGACCUUCCUCAAGUGCGGCGGAGUGGUGCUGGGUACCGGAAUCCACCACGUGACCAUGGACGGCGUGGGCGCGUUCCACUUCAUCCAGACGUGGACGGGGCUGGCGCGCGGCCUCGCCGUCCCCGACGCGUGCCCAUCGCCGCCGUUCCACGACCGCACGCUCCUCCGCCCGCGGUCGCCGCCGCACGCCGACUUCGACCACCCGGUCUACUCCCCGGCGUACCUCAACGGCCUCCCGCGCCCCUUCGUGACCCGCGUCUACUCUAUAUCUACCAAGCUCCUCGCCGACCUCAAGUCCCGGUGCACGCCCGGCGUGUCCACCUACGGCGCCGUCACCGCGCACCUCUGGCGCUGCAUGUGCGUCGCCCGCGGCCUCGCGCCGGACUCCGAAACCCGCCUCCGCGUGCCGGCCAACAUCCGCCACCGCCUCCGCCCGCCGCUCCCGCGCCAGUUCUUCGGAAACGCCAUCGUGCGGGACCUCGUCACCGUCAAGGUGGGCGACGUCCUCGCCCAGCCGCUGGGGUUCGUGGCCGACACCAUCAGGAAGGCCGUGGAGCACGUCGACGACGCGUACGUGCGCUCCGUGGUCGACUACCUGGAGCUGGAGUCCGAGAAGGGCAGCCAGGCGGCGCGCGGGCAGCUCAUGCCGGAGUCCGACCUGUGGGUGGUCAGCUGGCUGGGGAUGCCCAUGUACGACGCCGACUUCGGCUGGGGCGCGCCCAAGUUCGUCGCGCCCGCGCAGAUGUUCGGCAGCGGCACGGCCUACGUCACGCAGCGCGCCCACAGGGACGACGGCAUAGCCGUGCUGUUCGCGCUCGAGCCCGAGUAUCUCAAGUGCUUCGAGGACGUCUUCUACGGGGAGUGACCACACCCGUUGGUUCUUCGCUGUAUCGAUCAGCCUCAUUCUGUAUCUAGCGUUUACUCCUGUAUUUGGUGAAUGUGUAUGUAUCACGUCGAUCCGGUCGGUAUUCGUUUGGGGUUUCCGGUCUAUACCUGUAUUUUUCUUGAAUGUGAAUCGAGGUCUAGAGGAUGCAGAAACUUCAUGGGCCAAUUUGGUUCCUAAAAGUUUGAUAGAGCAUAUUAAUCGCUCAUUUAGGUUUUUCUAAGGCGGUAUCGACAGCAUUUUGGUGAAUUUGAAUAGUUUGUAUCAGGAAAUAAAGUGCGGUUUUUGUUGAAAAAUAACACGACAAAGGUAUGUUUUUGGUUUU